ACGACUCUAUCCUUGUGUCCAAACAGCUGGUUUUCCAAUACCCCCUAUGGGGUGGAAGAUUUUCUUGCCGAACUGUUCUACAGCUUGUCAUCCAACGUGAUGCUCGUUGGGCUUCGUUGUAAACAUAACACUAAACUUGACCCAGCUUUCUUUCCUGCGCAGUUAUCUGCAGAAUGGAAUCGCUAACAGAAACCCCUUGGGAUGUAUUGAUCUCGGGGACUGGACUACCUCAGUCCCUUCUGGCGCUGGCGCUCUCUCGGUCAGGUAAAAACGUAAUCCACGUUGACCGAAAUGCCUUCUAUGGAAGCGCGGAGGCAGCGUUCAGCCUACAAGAAGCCCAGGAGUGGGCAAACAGAGUAAAUCAAGAGUCGGAGAACUUUCCGUUUGAAGAUGCCUCUGUAUACUCUUCUCAGGAGGCUCAGUCGUUGCCAUCUAGGAGAUAUACCCUGUCUCUCUCCCCGCAACUCAUUUAUUGUCGGUCUAAUCUGUUGCCCACCUUGAUUUCUUCCAAGGUGUACCGACAGCUGGAGUUCCAGGCCGUGGGUAGCUGGUGGAUCCAUAGAUCCCAGGCAGACAACAGUGGGGAUGCGAAUUUGUAUCGAGUGCCCGGCAGUCGAGAAGAUGUUUUCGCGGAUGACAAGAUAACUGUCAAAUCUAAGCGAACGCUUAUGAGAUUCCUCCGUCACAUUGGCAAAACCCAACAUGACAAUGAGCCACCGCUAGGAGCAGAAGAAGACGAGAGCACGGCCACGCCGUUUUCGACAUAUUUGGAGUCGAAGUUCCAGGUCCCUGCUGAACUUCUUGAUCCAUUGCUUUCACUGUCGCUGUCUCAGGCCUCUCCUCAGAAGACGUUGGCAGCAUAUGCCGUCCCACGCAUCCAGCGACAUCUCGCGUCUAUUGGUGUGUUUGGUCCUGGCUUUGGAAGUCUCUUGGCGAAAUGGGGUGGUGGCUCCGAGAUCUGCCAAGUAGGCUGUCGUGCUCUCGCUGUGGGAGGCGGCAUCUAUGUCUUGAACAGUGGCAUUGAGUCAGUAGUCCAACCUACUCCAGGCGAGCAUGACGCCCGCUUAAAGGUUCAGCUGUCCAAUGGCGAAACUAUCAGCACUAAAUAUGUGUUUGGUUCCUAUUGGGAUGUCCCUACGGAUAAACAUCCGGAAUGUCAUAAAGUGGCCCGGUCUAUCUCUAUUGUUUCCUCGCCUUUGGAGAGCCUGUUCCCUGUCGCUGCCGAAGGAGCUCCGACCCCUGCUGGUGCGGUUGUGGUUUUCCCUGGAAGCUCCCUAGGUCAGGCGGAUGAUGCACCGCCAGUUUACGUCUUGGUCCAUUCCAGCGAAACUGGCGAGUGCCCACCAGGACAGUGUGUCUUAUACAGCAGCAUUACCACUCCUGGUGACGCAGGACAGUCCUUGGUCGAGAAAGCCGUAAACAAGCUUCUCGAGUCAACUGCAGGUCCUAAUGCCCAGGUCUCAUGGUCACUACGUUACACGCAGCUGGGGCGGUCCGACGAUGAUCUUGCCAGCCCUGGUGCCAUGACAUUAGACCAUGUUUCCAACAAUGUCGUCUGCUUCCCACCUCCCAGUCUCGAUCUCUCUUUUGAUGACACCGUAAUUACGACUGUCAAGGAUGCAUGGAGACUGGCUAUGGGUGAUGAAGCUGUCGAUGACGAGUUCAUGAAAUUCGAAGACCGUGAAGGAGCUUACGAUGAAUAGUUGAGCUUGCGGUACUAGCCUAUAAAUAGUUAGA